CUUUUAAAAAAAAAAGUCGAAUCUAGCUCAUGUGUUAUUUCAGGACGUUUAGAUCCAGCGCUAACCUGUUCCAAACAAAAGAGGCAGGCACCUGGUUACACCUUUAUAGAUAAAUACCCGAAGGAAGCCAUACGUUUGCGGAUCGUACACUUGCGUGUAUUUUGUGACAAACUCAAACGGCGAAGACUCCUAAGUUGUGUCAUUGUGCCGCAGAACAUGAGCAGGUUGCAUAUUGAGGAACUCACUGCACACAGCUACUACUACAGGAUAGUCGUUUGUAUCAGUUCGAAAACCAGUCGCUGUCGUUGCUAGGAUCCAAGCUGAUUACUAUACUGUAUCGAGGCAGUGUUAGUGGAGCAGCAGUACUUAGUGUGCUAAGAAAAAAACACCUAGGACUCUUAAUCUGACUUGAAGGGGCUGCUUGCAGUUUGCUCUGUCUGUAAUUGCUUCUUAAGGACGCCGACAGUGUGUGCAGUUGCAAUAAAGAAAAGCUGCUGUGUGACAGAGAAUUAUAUCGCAAACAUGAUGAAGAUUUCGGAACCCAACAACCAGAGGCAUUCGCUUUUCAGUGCGAUGAACCGCUUUAUCGGGGCGGUUAACAACAUGGACCAGAUUGUGAUGGUACCGAGCCUUCUGAGGGACGUGCCGGUGGAGUACGAGGAGGAGAAGGACGCUGUAGUUAACAACGCUGUCGUAUUAACCGGAGGCAGCGGGGCUGCCAGCUACCUGACAGACAGGGACAUGUACAGCUACUAUGUUUUGCUCAAAUCCAUCAGGAACGAUAUUGAGUGGGGUGUCUUGCAGCAGGGAGACGACAGGAAAAAAGAGAAACUGAGCACCGCCGUGGAUGUCUGCAGGCUUGACCCGGAGGAGGAGGACGAAAACCUGCAGAAACAGUUUCAUUUUCACCUGAGCGGACUCCACACGGUUCUCUCGAAGCUCACAAGGAAAGCGAACACCCUCACCAACCGAUACAAGCAAGAGAUCGGCAUUGGCAGCUGGGGGCAAUAAUGGCACAUUUCCGCUGGAUCGGGCAGGCGCACUUUUUAAGUUAGAUUUCACCUUACAAGUGAAAACCUCGGAAAUUAUACACACACACACACACACACACACACUUAACAGUAAAACUACAACACAGUUUUUUUCUUAAUUUGUGUCUGUAUUCUUCAAAGCGCUGUUACUAGUUUUACAAAAUGUAUUAGGCGUUGUUGUCGGUGGCCUCUAGCUCUAUCGGUGGAGAUUGCAUCGUCUUAUUUAAACUACUACGACUGGUAUAUAUUUUUAAAAACGAGAAUGUAUAAUCGUAUUUUUUUCUUCUCACCUGCAUGUGUUAAAAUUGUAAAAUCUAACUGGAACGUAGAAACGGGAACACUGUCUGUGACGAUCGAUAUUGCUACAAUAUUACUAGCAAAAUGAUGUGAGGCUGGAACAAAAGCCAAUGAACCCAUGUUAUAAAUAUUGUAAGAACUUAUGGAGCCAACUGAUAAUUCUAUUUUCUGAUUGUGUAGAGUAAUGAAGUUCUCCAUGACACGACUGUACGAUAUGAAUGAUUUAAAAAACUGUAAAGGAUUCUUUAGACUUUAUUUUUUACACGCUGACAUAGAUUGUACAGAAACAAAUACAUUUGUACGUCUAUUUGCCGCCUCUCUUGUUUAUUGCUUUUAUACUCGGUGAAACCUGUAGACAGGCUGGAUCGUUUGGAACACUUAAUAAGAUUAUAAUAGGAGAGUGUGAUAUGAAAAAUUAUUGAAAACAAAUAUAAACCAUAUGAGCUUUACUAAAUCAUUUGAAUUUGAUUUUAGGUGAUUAAGAUGAAUCCCAAUUUUUACUUAAGGUUGGGUUAUCGUGAUGUGUUUCCUGUUUGUGACAGAUUCCUUAAAGCUGAUGAAAUGGGUGUGUUUGUAUCUCGAUCUACAGGGUUAGAAACUCACACUAAUUCUUCACCCAGUCCUUGAUUCCAGGUGUGUUAUUUACAUAUAGGUGCUAGCAACACGCACCCUUCUAAAUCUACUGGUACCUGAGUCUGUGGGGUUACAUUUUGGAGUUGUUUUAAAAGCUAAGGGAGAGAAAAAAUAUUUAACGGGCCUACUAAAUACUUAAGUGAGGCUAUUUCUGAAACCCAGGACUGGGUGCAGGACAAGAGUGAGUUUCUGCUCUUGUGAAUAUGUCCUCUCUGGAGUCCAGCCUUGGCAGUGGUCCUGGAGUUCUCACACAUCACCUUCCCGGAGCAGUCAUCCUGCCUGUCUGUCUUUCAGUAAUCUCCAUUUGUGCUUCUUACCCAGAGAAAGCAUAAACAGUGGCUGAAUAAGGAGAUUUGUUUGAAUAGUCAGAGAAGGUUUAAAAACAUGUGGUGGGAAUUUUAAAAGUUUUUUGCCCGGCUGUUGAAAGCUUGGGAAAUUCCCACAACUUGGUGGGAAAAUACCUGAAACAUGUAAAACCUCAGACCUCUAGAAAUAUUCCACUCCAGCUUCCUUUGAUUUUGCUUUUCCUCACUGCAUAUCCCCUCGCAUGUCACACUUUUGAGUUUUACCUAUCUGGAAAAUCUCUUAAUCUUGGAAGGUUCUUUCACACCAGUUAUUAAGAGCGUCAGAAUCUGGGCAUAUAAGGAGAUGCUUGUCUGUUUGUCUUUCCAUUCAUACAUAAGUGUCAUUUUUGCAGUUUUUCAUGCACAUAACAUGAAUGUAGUCCAUGGUCAUCUGCUUUUUUUAUGAUGUUGAAAGCGACAAUUUUACAUUGAUAAUCGUGGCAGGGUACUUCUGUUACUAAAAUAUUAAUUGCUUUAUUGGUUCAGUUAAGUAAUUUAGAUUAUGACUGGUUCAAAUAACUGAACCAGAGUGGCCAUCAGGACUCCUGGUCUAAUGUAAAAUACUUUUUUAUGAUGCCAGUUUUAAACAUAUUUUCUUCAGAUUUGAAGUGUUUUUACAUCAAUUAAGUAUCAAUUGGUUAAAGAAGGCAAUUGAAUCUGCAGAAAGAUGUUGUCAGAUGCCUUGUACUUAAAAAUGGAGGUCAGCUGUUGGAGGAAAUUGAAUGAAGUAGACUGAGUUUCACCUCUUGCUGAUUAGGAUGGCUCUGCAUCUGUGCCAGCUCUUUGUGCUUUCGUGGAACUCGGCCAAUAGAUUGACUUCCAGCAAAAUACCAGGAGUUGCAAUGCUCGCCUGCCUCCCCAAAUGUUCUCUUUUUAAUGAAGUGCUCGUUAGAGCGUUUAUAAAUGGAGCCGAGAGACCGGCCUGCAUCGCAAUGUUCUGUUGGUCUGCCAGCCCUGAAUCAAGUUAACCAGAUAUCAAACACCUUUAAUUUCUGGAGGCGCUGAACUACUGUGGUAAUUGGAGCAGUUAAUUUGAAGCCAAAGCAUUGCCAGGUGAAGGAAGCAAGAACGUGUUGUGAUUUUCUCUUGUUUUUGCAUUAUUGUGAAGAAGCUGAAUGGAGCAGGACCUAGUUAUACCAAGGCAGGAAUCGCAGGUUAUCUUCUCCAGCCAGCUUAGCCAACAAUACAUACUGCAUAUGCAACUGAAGGGAGACCUUGUUCAUGGUCUUGUCUGCUUACUGAAGUCAGCAUCUGUUUUUUUUUUUUUUUUUUUUUUAAACCGUUAAUGUUCCAACCACAACUACAUCUUUUUAUUGCACAAAUAUAAUUGUAAUAAACUUGACUGAUAUAUCGA